AGGCUGACGGUCGAGAUCGCUCCCCUCCCUGCGCGCCCGCCCUCCCUCUGUGCUUAAGGAAAUGCUACCAGACACCCCCAGCAGACGCGCUCAGGCUGGGCGAGGAGCGGCCGCGGCGGCAGCAGCGAGGACAAGGGCACCAGGGGGCUUUCCUCCCCUCCUCCUCCUCCCGGUCCUCCUCCUUCGCAGCGGUGACUUUCCAGAUUGGUGAAUUUACCUGAGAAAUUGAGACUCAAGAUAAUGAGACCAUGUGACUAGGACCGAAAGGAGAUUUCCAGGUGCAGUCUUUGAAUUUUUUUAAAAGACAAUGGUAAUCAGACCUACCUGAAAAAUUAAGUGAAUUGAUUUGGUUGCAACAUUCUGUUACCCAUAGUUUAACCGCCAUAGCCGCCAGAUUCCCAGAAGCUGUACAUGAGUUCCUAUGGAGAGAGUUGGCAUCUUGGGAAGCAAAGCCGAGUGUGAUACAGUUCAUUGAUAUGAGGAUAACAGGAAGCAUCAAGACAAUCAUGCUCACAAGAACUCUAAACCAUUCAGGUCACUGUACAUUAGGAAAGCUGGUUGUUGAACUUUACUGCAGUUGAUGGGCAACUUUCCUUCUAGAAGAUUCACCAUCCCAAUUUCAUUCUGGUUGCAAAUAUUCCAAUGCCAUAAGAAAACUCUGUAGAUUUGCACUUUACUUUUGAAGAUGGACAUUUCUGUGAUGGAGAGAACUGUGAUAUAGGUUGGUUCAAGAACAUUCCCAUCCAAUGCCCAUUGACUGCGGUGUGGGUGUGGAAGGUUCUAGAGAGAAAGGAACAAUCAACACGUUUGCAGAGGACCUGGAACAUGGAAGCGACCUGGCUUUAAAAAAACAGCAGAGCCUUGGAGACACUCCCAUGAAUCAGCCUGGCUCUCCGGCAAACUAGCACUUAAUACCUUAUGUAACAAGAUGGACACUGGGGACAACGCUCUGGCACAAAAAGCUACCUCAAGGUCUGGAGAGACGGAUAACACAUCAGGUAGAUGGAGGCAGGAGCCAUCAGCUGUUAUUAAGAUGAGCGCCUUUGGCAGUCAGGAAGGACAGCGGCCACCACAACUAGAUCCUGAGCCAAUCGGAAACCCAGCCUCAGCCCAGCUGUUCGGUUCUGGGAAGCUGGCUUCCCCUGGCGACGUGGUCCAGCAGCAAGUCACGGAGAAGCAAUACCCACCGCACCGCCCGAGUCCUUACCCAUGCCAGCACUCCCUGUCUUUCCCUCAGCACUCAUUGCCGCAGGGGGUCAUGCGCAGCGAAUCCCAUCAGAGCCUCGAGGGCCCUCCCUGGCUCUUCCCUGGCUCUUUGCCACCGGUCGCUCCGGAGGACUUAUUCCCUUUUCCCAUCCAUGGCCACGGUGGUGGCUAUCCCAGAAAAAAGAUUUCCAGCCUGAACCCUGCUUAUAGCCAGUACUCCCAGAAAAGUAUCGAACAAGCAGAAGAGGCUCAUAAAAAGGAGCAUAAGCCCAAAAAACCGGGCAAGUACAUUUGUCCUUACUGUAGUAGGGCAUGUGCCAAACCCAGCGUUCUAAAAAAACACAUCAGGUCCCAUACUGGUGAGCGGCCGUACCCGUGCAUACCGUGUGGUUUCUCCUUCAAGACGAAGAGCAACCUGUACAAGCACAGGAAGUCACACGCCCAUGCAAUUAAGGCAGGGUUGGUACCUUUCACAGAGUCGGCUGUGUCUAAAUUAGACCUGGAGGCUGGUUUUAUUGAUGUGGAAUCAGAGAUCCAUUCAGAUGGCGAGCAGAGCACAGACACGGAUGAGGAGAGCUCUUUAUUCGCAGAAGCUUCAGACAAAAUGAGCCCUGGACCACCCAUCCCGUUGGACCUUGCCAGCAGAGGAAGCUACCAUGGGUCUUUGGAAGAAUCGUUGGGUGGUCCCAUGAAAGUCCCCAUCUUGAUCAUCCCCAAAAGCGGGAUACCACUACCUAGUGAAAGCUCUCAGUAUAUUGGCUCUGACAUGCUACCGAAUCCGUCUUUAAGUACAAAGGCCGAUGACUCUCACACAGUGAAACAGAAACUUGCACUGAGACUGUCAGAGAAAAAGGGGCAGGAUUCUGAGCCCUCUCUCAACCUUCUGAGCCCUCACAGCAAAGGAAGCACCGAUUCUGGCUACUUCUCUCGCUCAGAAAGCGCAGAGCAGCAAAUAAGCCCUCCCAACACAAAUGCAAAGUCUUAUGAAGAAAUUAUCUUUGGGAAAUACUGUCGACUCAGUCCAAGAAAUACGCUCAGUGUUACUCCCACUGGUCAGGAACGCACCACCAUGGGGAGACGGGGUAUCAUGGAACCAUUACCUCAUGUCAAUACCAGACUAGAUGUCAAGAUGUUUGAAGAUCCUGUCUCCCAGCUGAUCCCCAGCAAGGGAGAAAUGGACCCCACUCACACAGGCAUGCUGAAGCCCACCAAAUUCAACAGUGAGUACAGGCAACCACAGACCAUCCCAUCAUCUGUCAGGAGUGAAGGAAAACUUUACCCAGGAAAUUACACGGGCAGCAACCCAGUUCUCUUAGAGGCUCCUGUAGACUCUUCACCCCUUAUCAGAAGCAAUUCAAUGCCAACUUCUUCAGCAACUAACUUAAGUAUCCCUCCUUCCUUGAGAGGAAGUCACUCAUUUGAUGAAAGGAUGACUGGGUCUGAUGAUGUGUUCUAUCCGGGCACGGUGGGCAUACCCCCUCAACGCAUGCUAAGAAGGCAAGCGGCAUUUGAGCUGCCAUCUGUCCAGGAGGGGCACCUGGAGUCCGAGCAUCCUACCAGGAUGUCCAAGAGUCUGGCUGGCUCAUCCUUGAAGGAAAAGAAAUUGGUUCCUGGAGACAGGGCUGGGUAUGACUAUGAUGCCUGCCGUAAGCCUUAUAAGAAGUGGGAAGACAGGGACAUGUCUUGCUUAAGUACUUUCAAACAUGGAGGAGAAUAUUUUAUCGACCCCUCGGUGCCAAUGCAGGGGGUGCCAACCAUGUUUGGGACUACAUGUGAGAACAGGAAACGCCGAAAAGAAAAGAGUGUGGGAGACGAGGAGGAUACCCCCAUGAUAUGCGGUGGUGCAGGGAGCACGCCGGUGGGCGUGAUGACUUCAGAGUUCGACCUCAAAUCGCAGGAAGGAGGAAGGAGCGGCUUUGCCGUGGCUGGACACGAGAACCCUUCUCAUGGUUACUCUGAGCGCUUUGACCCAGGUCGGCCCCAGCUGCCAUCUGGAAGUCCGUCUCUUGGGUCAGAAGAGUCAUCCUCCGCUGCUGAUUCUGACAAGAUGUCAGACCUGGGCAGGAAACCUCCUGGAAAUGUGAUUUCGGUGAUUCAGCACACAAACUCGCUGAGCCGGCCCAAUUCCUUUGAAAGAUCCGAGUCAGCUGAACUGGUGGCCGGUGCACAGGACAAGGCCCCCUCGCCUUCAGAGACGUGUGACAGUGAGGUCUCAGAAGCUCCGGUGAGCCCGGAGUGGGCUUCGCCUGCGGAUGGUGCAGAGAGUGGGGGCAAACCAGCCCCUUCCCAGCAGGUGCCACAUCAGCCCUAUCACACGCAGCCCAGGCUGGUUCGCCAGCACAACAUUCAGGUUCCUGAAAUCAGAGUCACUGAGGAGCCUGACAAACCUGAGCGGGAGAAGGAAUCUCAGAGCAAAGAGCCAGAGAAGCCUGUGGAGGAAUUCCAGUGGCCCCAGAGAAGCGAGACCCUCUCCCAGCUCCCGGCUGAGAAGUUGCCCCCCAAGAAGAAGCGCCUGCGGCUCGCAGAUAUGGAGCACUCCUCCGGGGAGUCCAGCUUCGAGUCCACAGGCACUGGCCUCUCUCGCAGCCCCAGCCAAGAAAGCAACCUGUCCCACAGCUCCAGCUUCUCCAUGUCUUUUGAAAGAGAAGAAAACCUCAAGUUGUCUGUGCCUCCCAAGCAAGACGAGAGUGGGAAGCACUCCGAGUUUUUGACCGUUCCUGCCAGUUCCUACUCACUGUCAGUUCCAGGCCAUCACCACCAAAAGGAAAUGCGUCGCUGCUCCUCUGAGCAGAUGCCCUGCCCUCACCCAACAGAAGUCCCAGAAAUUCGGAGCAAAUCGUUCGAUUAUGGGAAUCUGUCCCAUGCCCCUGCGGCAGGUGCCUCGACUUCAACAUUAUCACCCUCCCGGGAGAGGAAGAAAUGCUUUCUGGUGCGGCAGGCUUCCUUUAGUGGCUCCCCGGAAAUCGCCCAAGGUGAAGCCGGCAUGGACCCCAGCGUCAAGCAUGAACAUUUGGAGCAGUUGCACGCGGGUCUCAGGGCUGCGUGGUCCUCGGUGCUUCCUCCUCUGCCUCCAGCAGAUGACCCUGCAAAGCAGGUGGUGGGUCCUUGUGCGCCCCUGAGCUCAGGGCCACUCCACUUGGCCCAGCAACAGAUGAUGCACAUGGACAGUCAGGAAUCUUUGAGAAAUCCCUUGAUGCAGCCAACAUCCUACAUGACACGCAAGCACGUCGCUGAACAGCCGGGUCUGUUUCCACAUCAAGACACAAUCCCAUUUUCUCCAGUCCAGAACGCCUUGUUUCCAUUUCAGUAUCCUACCGUCUGUAUGGUUCAUUUGCCAGCUCAGCAGCCUUCCUGGUGGCAGACCCAUUUCCCCCAUCCCUUUGGUCCACACCCUCAGAAGAGCUACAGCAAGCCUUCUUUUCAGGCAGAUAUUCAUGCUAGCUACCCCUUGGAGCACAUUGCAGAACACACUGGAAAGAAACCUGCCGAUUACACACACACAAAAGAGCAGACUUACCCGUGCUAUUCAGGAACGUCAGGGCUACAUUCAAAGUUUCCAUUGGAAGCCAGCAGUCAAUCCACCGAAUCCUCCUCUGAGCCGCUGCUUCAAGAAGACUUUGCCUCCGCGAGUGCUGGGCCUUUGCAGUCGCUCCCGGGAACAGUGGUUCCUGUUCGAAUCCAGACCCACGUCCCAUCCUAUGGAAGUGUUAUGUAUACAAGCAUAUCCCAGAUACUUGGACCGAACAGUCCUGCCAUUGUCAUAUGCAAAGUUGAUGAGAAUAUGACCCAAAGAACACUGGUAACCAACGCAGCCAUGCAAGGGAUAGGCUUUAACAUCGCCCACGUGUUCGGGCAACAUACAAGCUUGGAAAAGUACCCUCUUUGGAAAGUACCUCAGACCUUGCCCCUGGGCUUAGAGUCCUCCAUCCCCCUGUGUUUACCUUCCACCUCUGACAGCGCCGCUUCCCUGGGAGGCAGCAAAAGGAUGCUGUCCCCAGCCAGCAGCUUGGAGCUCUUCAUGGAAACAAAGCAGCAGAAACGGGUGAAAGAAGAAAAGAUGUAUGGGCAGAUCGUGGAGGAGCUCAGCGCCGUGGAGCUGACCAACUCAGACAUCAAGAAGGGCAUCUCUCGGCCCCAGAAACCUCAGCUGGUGAGACAGGGCUGCGCUUCAGAGCCAAAGGAUGGCUUGCAGUCACGGUCAUCUUCCUUCUCCUCUCUGUCUCCCUCCUCAUCUCAAGACCAUCCAUCUACCAGUGGGCCCUCCAGGGAGCCUUUUCUUCCUAGCAGAGAGAUGCUUUCUGGCUCCAGGGCACCCCUUCCACAGCGGAAGUCCAGUGGGCCCACGGAUAGCCGAGAGUCCUCAGAUGAACUGGACAUCGAUGAGUCAGCAUCAGACAUGAGCAUGAGCCCUCAGAGUUCUUCACUGCCAUCAGGGGACGGUCAGCAGGACGAGGAAGGGAAGGCCCGCAAGAUGCCCAUUGGCAUGCUGGUCCACAUGGCCUCCAGCCCCAGUGGGAACGUGGCAAACUCCGCUCUUCUUUUCACAGAGGUGGCUGAUUUCCAGCAGGUUCUUCAGUUCCCCAGUCUGCGGACAACCACCACCGUGAGUUGGUGCUUCUUGAAUUAUACAAAACCCAGUUUCAUGCAGCAGGCCACCUUCAAGUCCUCCGUGUAUGCGUCAUGGUGCGUUAGUUCCUGUAACCCAAACCCAUCAGGAUUGAACACCAAGACCACGCUGGCUCUGCUGAGAUCCAAGCAAAAAAUCACCGCAGAAAUUUACACUCUGGCUGCUAUGCACAGGCCGGGAACAGGCAAGCUGACGUCAUCCAGUGCCUGGAAGCAGUUUGCACAGAUGAAACCUGAUGCACCCUUCUUAUUUGGCAGCAAACUAGAAAGGAAAUUAGUGGGAAAUAUCUUAAAGGAAAGGGGGAAAGGAGAUAUUCAUGGAGAUAAAGAGAUUGGAUCCAAACAAACUGAGCCAAUCCGAAUUAAAAUCUUUGAAGGAGGGUACAAAUCAAAUGAAGACUACGUGUAUGUCAGAGGACGUGGACGUGGGAAGUAUAUUUGCGAAGAGUGUGGGAUUCGCUGCAAGAAGCCAAGCAUGCUCAAAAAACACAUACGCACACACACUGAUGUCCGGCCUUAUGUAUGCAAGCUGUGUAAUUUCGCCUUCAAAACGAAAGGAAACUUAACAAAACAUAUGAAAUCUAAAGCACACAUGAAAAAAUGCCUAGAGCUGGGAGUCUCAAUGACGUCAGUGGAUGAUACGGAAACUGAGGAAACAGAAAACAUGGAAGAUUUGCACAAAGCUUCAGAGAAGCACAGUAUGUCCAGCAUUUCAACGGAUCACCAGUUCUCAGAUGCCGAGGAGUCGGAUGGUGAAGAUGGAGAUGACAAUGAUGACGAUGAUGAAGACGAUGAUGACUUCGAUGACCAGGGAGAUUUGACACCCAAAACGAGAUCAAGAAGCACCAGUCCUCAGCCGCCUAGGUUCUCCUCCUUGCCUGUGAAUGUCGGCACCGUACCCCAUGGAGUUCCUCCGGAUAGCUCCUUGGGACACUCAUCUCUGAUCAGCUAUUUGGUUACUUUGCCGAGUAUACAGGUUACUCAGCUCAUGACACCCAGUGACGCCUGUGAAGAUACCCAGAUGACGGAAUACCAGAGGCUGUUCCAGAGCAAGAGUACAGACUCGGAACCAGACAAAGACAGGUUAGACAUACCCAGCUCCAUGGAUGAAGAGGCCUUGCUGUCCUCAGAGCCCAGCUCCUCCCCGAGGGACUUCUCCCCCUCAAGCCGCCAUUCCUCACCGGGAUAUGACUCUUCGCCCUGUCGAGAUAACUCUCCAAAGAGGUAUCUGAUACCUAAAGGAGAUUUGUCACCCAGAAGACAUUUGUCACCUAGGAGAGAUCUGUCACCCAUGAGGCAUCUGUCACCAAGAAAGGAAGCUGCCUUGAGGAGAGAGAUGUCCCAAGGAGAUAUUUCACCAAGGAGGCAUUUGUCCCCAAGGAGGCCAUUGUCUCCUGGAAAAGACAUCACCAUGGUAAGAAGAGACCUGUCUCCCAGAAGAGAGAGAAGAUACAUGGCCACCAUCAGAGCACCAUCUCCCAGAAGGGCUUUAUAUCAUAACCCACCGUUACCCAUGGGGCAGUAUCUGCAAGCAGAGCCAAUUGUAUUGGGGCCUCCUAAUCUAAGAAGAGGAUUACCUCAGGUUCCCUACUUUAGUCUCUAUGGAGACCAAGAAGGUGCUUAUGAACAUCAAGGCUCCAGCCUUUUCCCUGAGGGUCCUAAUGACUAUGUCUUCAGUCAUCUUCCACUCCACUCUCAGCAGCAAGUGCGAGCUCCUAUCCCCAUGGUGCCAGUGGGGGGGAUCCAAAUGGUUCACUCCAUGCCCUCGGCCCUUUCCAGUUUACAUCCUCCACCCACAUUGCCUCUGCCCAUGGAGGGCUCUGAGGAGAAGAAAGGAGCGUCUGGGGAGGCCUUCGCCAAGGAUCCCUAUGCUCUUUCCAGGCAGCACGAGAAGCAGCGAGGGCCUCAUGCUUUGCAGUCAUCUGGUCUACCCAGCACUCCUUCCUCUCCCCGGCUCCUGAUGAAACAGAGCACUUCAGAAGACAGCCUGAAUGCCACAGAAAGGGAACAGGAGGAAAACAUACAGACUUGUACGAAAGCCAUCGCCUCUCUCCGGAUUGCCACAGAAGAGGCAGCUCUGCUCGGGGCCGAUCAGCCCAUCCGGGUGCAAGAGCCCCACCAGAAACCCUUGGAAAGUGCACAUGUUAGCAUGAGACACUUUAGCGGGCCUGAGCCAGGACUUCCCUGUACCUCAGGCUCCCGCCCUGACUUGCAUGACGGUGAAAAGGACAGUUUUGGUACAUCACAGACUGCAUCAGCUCACUCCACGUUUUACAGCAAGAGUUGUGUGAACGAGAAGCAGACGAACUUUCACAGCAGCAAGGACUUAUCUACAAGCACAGAGGAAGGCAAUGAACCUUCAUCGGAAAAGCAAUUACAUUGAUCUGAGAUGCAUGGAGACAUUCAUUUCCACAUUUCUACCCCUCCCCUCACACACCUUUUUUUGUUUUUGUUUUUUUCUAGGAAUAGAGGUAAACAAGUUUAUAGCAUGCCUGUCCUAAGUUGCAGUAGUU